GUUUCUCUUUUCCCCGUGUUUCUCGUUGGUAAUCUUGUCUCUCCUCACUUUACAAUCUCCCAUCUCCUCACUCUGUUAAUCUCCCCUACCUCUCACUUUUCCUACCCCCAGCUCCAUCGACUCUACACUUCUUCUCUCAACAUUCUACCAUCACCUAUUUUCACCAUUCACCUGCACCCAAGCAUCAACCAUCUACGUUGGAACCGCCAAUAUGUCCAACAAAGUCAAGUCCGACACUCUCCUGGGUCUCACCAAUUCCGAGCAGAAGAUCCUCCUCCUGAGCAUCCUCUGCACCGACGAAAGUAACAAACUUGACUUCGACAAACUAGCCCAGUACGGCGGGUACAAGAACCCAGCUUCAGCUAGUACAACAUUCCGCAACGCAAAGCGCAAGCUGAGCGACUACAAGCCAGAGCCACUCACCUCCGCCGAGGCCUCUGCAGCCAAUACCCCCAAGAGGGGCCGACCUCCCAAGAAGGCCGCGGCCGCGGAAACCCUAAUGGCUGCCGACUCAGAGCCCGCGGAGGAAGAAGCAGCACCAGCGCCUAAAGCGAAGCGCCCCCGUACCACAAAGAAAGGCAUCGCACAGGUGAUCAAGAAAGACUCUGAAGACGUCAUUAAGUCUGAUCCCAGUCCCUCCAAGGCUAAACCCACGGGUAGCAUCAAAUCUGAGGACAGUACUAUCGAGGAGGAAUGUUCCGGUAAAGAAGAGGGUUCGAUCAAGGAGGAGGUGGAGGCUAUUAAGCAGGAACCGGAGGGCGUUUACGACGAAUGCAAGACCGAGGACGAGACCCCCAUGACCAAUGAGGAGCUCGAUGCUCAGCUCGACGCGAUGUACGAGGCUGGUAUCAAGACUGAGACUGAGGGUGGUGCUUAGGUUGUCUUCUUGGUAUCUUGCUAUGACGGGUCCCAUGAAGGACGACGGGGUUAUCUAGUUAUCUUUUGUUUCUUUUCUCAUCGGCAAUAGGCUACUAUUCGGUGAAAUGGGUAGCGAGAAUUUGGAUUGGUGUUGCUCAGGAUAGGAAGAUCUAAGGAUCUGGUAUCUGGUGGUCUAUCUACACUGCGUUACUUUGUUCAUAAAAUUCAAAACAAAAAAAACUCCGUUC